AUGUUUUCUCCCAGAAAUGCUCCGCAGCCAGUAUUAGGCUCAUUUCCGACAAGUCUUAGUGAUGAAUCACCAGCAGGUGCUAUACCGCCCACUGCGUACCCCGAGGGAGUUUUGCUGCCCUCUGCUCCUGUGACAGAACGGAUUCUGGAUAACGAGGGCGUCGAAAUUUAUGGCGAUUUCCAUCCUUCUCCGAUUCCCUUGGGAGAUGCAAAAUCGUCUUCGAGUUUAAGCCUAUUGGAGAACAACAUGGCCACAAAAUUUCCAUCCAGCUCGAGCCCCAGUUCAUCUCCAUUGCCACCCAACGGGGUACAUCCUCAGCUGAACCUCAAGCUAGAGUUACCACACUCCGAAAUCGUUGAAAUUCUGUCAAAUUCCAGUCCAAUUCCAUCGCCUGCCUCACCUAAGAGAUGCAAUUUGGCAGCCGCCACGCAAGCAAAUUACCAAGACGGCUUGACCCCUCUAGGUGGAAGUCAGCACAAACCUAUUGUGAUCGAUUCGUCUCCUAUAAAGCCCGCCAUCAAGCCAUCAGCGACGGCUAAAAUUGUACAUCCUUUCUUCGGCUCUCAUACCAUCAAACCUCCACCCGCUUCAAAGAUAUCCUCGUUAAAGGGCGCGGCUACGCUGGAAGCACCAUAUCCGGACCGUUGCUCGCAGCAUGUUAAGGGUCCACAAUCACUACACGAGUCUUACGUCCGGGCCAACAUACCCCGACGUCAGCUGAUCCCAAAAACACAGCAUGAAGAAUUGAAUGACUUCACAUUUCUCACUUCGCCUACAGCACCGGACGCUUUGUCUUUGGAACCACUUUCUUUGUCUACAUCGGCAGACAAAGAACGCGAGGAUUGUCUUAGAAGUAUUCCUGAUGAGCAUGUUGCGAAUCAUGCCGCCAUUGGUCGGGUAGUGGAUUCCGCGCGCUCAGGAGAUACGCUGACCACCUCGCGCCAUCCCUGGGCCGAAAAGUGGAGACCACGUUUCGCACAAGAAGUUCUUGGUAAUGAGGCUUCCGCUAUAUAUUUGCGCGAUUGGUUGAGGGGUCUAGAGCUGCAACUAGAGGGCACUAAGCAUACACCUGAGCAGCCUUCUUCGAAAAAAGAUGGAAUUCGCGGAACAACAACAGGUGCUAGAGGCCUAAAGCGUCCUUACAUUGUCCGUGAAGUGGACAAAAGACAGAGGAAGAAGGCAAGGGCCAAUGCCAAAGACGACGAUUGGAUUGUGAAUACGGACGAGUCGGGUGACGAAGAUGUACCGUGCAAUAGAGAAGAGGACAUGGACAAUAUAUUUCUCCGAAACCAAACUCCUCCCGACUGUGCCACCACCAAGAUUCUUCCGCCACGUCAAACCUUUGAGCAGCUGCACAAUACGAUUUUGCUUUCCGGACCCUAUGGCACAGGAAAAACAGCUUGUGUUUAUGCUUGUGCAGAGGAACUGGGCUGGGAGGUCUUUGAAGUCUACCCAGGAAUAGGCAAACGGAAUGGUGCUAAUGUCGACAACCUAAUCGGUGAGGUAGGAAGAAAUCACUUAGUUCGCCAGAUCCCGCGAAAACGGAAUGAACUAUUUGUGCCGCCAUCACCUAUAACAUCAAGCGGAAAUCGGAAUAAGGACGAAUCUCUGCUCAGACGAACGGAAGGAAGUCAAACUUUGUCAACAAACCUUCGAGACAUUUUAUGCCAGGUCGAUGAGGAGCAGGCGGGAGACAAGACAACUGUUCGCCAAUCCCUCAUCUUGCUAGAGGAAGUAGACAUUCUGUUCAAAGAGGAUACUAAUUUCUGGCCUACUCUCACACGAGUGAUCAGAGAGUGCAAGCGGCCAGUGGUCUGUACAUGUAAUGACAUUUCCCUCGUUCCCUUGCUUGAUUUACCUCUACAAAAAGUGCUAGUUUUUGAGCCCUGCCCACCCCCGAUUGCUGUAUCCUAUCUCCAAGGCUUGUUUUGUGCUGAAGGUUACGCCAUAAACCGCGAUGUGUUGCUUGGGAUGUACGGCAGCGUCUAUGAACCUGCUUUCGUAAGUAUACAUAACACGUCCGAUAUCGGGGUGACCGAUGUUGCAACACACGAUCUACGGCGGACAAUCCACAGUCUUCAAGUCGUGGCCACAACAAGAGGGUUACCGCCAGAGGUCAAACCAGGCGUCGGUGAAGAAGAAGAACCGUCCCCAGAAGCUUAUGAACCUGGGGGAAUGCUGGCUACAUAUCGAGCAGCAGCGAAUCAUGCCGAUCAUAUAUCGUUCUUGGACAGUUUUGUUAGCCAAGAAUCAGCGAAAGUACUAAUUCGUGGCAACAGGCUCUCGAUAUUGCAGGCUCUGCACCAUCUGCUGAUGAUGAGCUGGGGCACACGAUUCUUUAUGAGUCAGCAGGGUAUACGAGAGGCGCUGGCGAUGUGGGAAUAA